AUGAGCGAGGGCAGUGAGGUUGCUGUGCGCGGGCUGCAUGCGUCGCCAUGUCUGGCAGCGCACAACGGCAGCGACCGCGUGCACCACAUCUUGAUUGACUUGCGAGCGAGCAAGCAGCGCAUGUGCGACCUGUCCAUGACGGCGACGCGCAUGCGUGAGGCCCUGCAGGCCGUGGAGGGGCUGGCGCUUGACCACGUGCGCGACUGCAACUCCGACAACGCCGCCGUCGCCUUCCUGUGCAGCAACGCGGGCUCGUUCGGCACCGUGCGUGCACUGGCAACGGGCUUGUGCACAGUGGACAUCUCGCUGAGCCUCACCGCCGGCGAGGAGCCCAUCACAGAGGAGCAGGUGGCCGAGCUCAAGUCGACGCUGCAGCAGGUGGUGGACGAGACGUGCGGCGGCAGCGAGGCAAGCGCCGAGGCCAGCACCGCCACCAGCACGCGCAGCAGCAGCAACACGGUGCCCAGCAGCGCCCAGCAUAACGAACCCAGCGAGGAUAACGAAACCCAGACCAGCGUGUCUGCGAAGGUGUUCCCGCCCAUUGUGCGCGGUGGUGCCUUUGACCCGUACGUGCCGUCUGCGGAUGGCCUGCUCAUCCAGUACGACUUUGACAAGACGGUCUUCCACGAGCAAUCCCCAUACCAGGACGUGAAGAUCAUGCACUCGCGUCAGUUUGGCAACAUCCUUCUUCUGGACGACGACGUCAACCUCGGCGAGAGCGACAUUGCCUACACCAAGGCCAUCAUGGGCUCGGGCAGUAUCGACUACACGGGCAAGGACGUCCUCAUCUUGGGCGGUGGCGACGGCGGCAUUCUGCGGGAGAUUGUGAAGCUCAACCCCAAGAUGGUGACCAUGGUCGAGAUUGACCAGGUUGUGAUUGACGCGGCCAAAGAGCAUCUUCGCGGCAUUUGCGGCGACGCCAUGGACUCGCUCACAGGCGACAACUACGAGGUGUUGGUCAAGGACUGCAUUCCCGAGCUUGAGCGCUGGGGCAAAGAAGGCCGGGCGUUUGACGUGAUCAUCAACGACCUGACUGCCAUCCCCGUCACGCACUCUCCAAAGGGCUCUGACUGGGACUUCCUCAAGCUUGUGCUGCAGCUGUCCAUGACGGUGCUGCGCCAAGGCGGGCGGUACCUGACGCAAGGCAACAGCUUCAACAUGCCCCAGGCCCUUGCCAUGUAUGAGCAGCAGCUCACCACCCUCCCAUGCAAGCUCAGCUUCACUAAGGAAACUGUGACAGUGCCCAGCUACCACGAGCAGUGGGUGUUCUACAACGUGUUGGAGUGA